UUGACUACUGUUCGUGUAUUUUAGCUUUCUCUAUGUAAUACAUAUGCAUGUUUGUAUUGUUGGUAUAACUGCAAGCCGAUGAACUCAUAAUUGAAUUACUAAAAUCGAACGAGGAGAAUGUGUGAAUAGAAAGUUUUAAUUUAAAUAUAUAGAAUACGCAAGGAAUUAGUGUUUUCUUAAGUUACAAGUGGAAUACUCCAAUUUCUGUUUGAUAAAAAGUACCGUCAUACUUUAUCGUUUACAGUUUGCAUAAAAUCUUGUAGGUGUGGUACGAAUAUAUACAUAAUACUUAUUAGUAAUUCUCUUGUAGCUACUUUCAUAUACUAAAUAGGUUAUUUGACAUAUGUCAGAUUUCAUAUUACUGAAUUAGUGACUAAUUGGUAGAGUCAGUAAAAGAAUAAAGCAAAUAGAACCUGGUAUCAAGCAAUAAUAAAUUACAUGAAAAUGUGGUGGUAGUGAUGCGUUUAAAAGGGAAAAAUAAUACAAAAUCGUUUCAUAGCGUCUAUAAGGUGCUUUCGCGUAUAUGUCGAACUGCAGAUAAAAGACAACUUGAUGGUUUCAUGGCGGAUGGUGCAGCGCCACCAAUAAAGAAUGGACAUAACUGCAGUAAUAUGGGUUUUGCAACGCAACCUGUAAAGCAAACCUCUGAUGUGUCUAACAUUGUUUAUGCAGUGGGGCAAUAUGCCCCCAAAGUCUUAAGGAACUUGAAUACCCAAAGAUUAAAAAAUCAAUUUAGCGAUGUUGGUUUGGUUGCUGGUGGUAGUGUCAUUAGAGCACAUAGAUCAGUUUUAGCAGCAGGAAGUGCAUAUUUCAAUGCUAUGUUUACUGGUGGUCUUGUUGAAGAACAACAGGAGUUGGUGGAAAUUCAUUCAGUAUCAGCUAACAUUCUUUCCCUUCUGAUAGAUUUUAUUUAUACUGGAAAUGUUGACAUCACUCAGGACAAUGUUCAAGAAUUAUUUGCAGCUGCUGAUAUGUUAGAAUUAGAUGAAGUAGUGUCUGGUUGCAUUACUUAUUUAAAACAGCAACUUCACUAUUCAAAUGCGCUUGGGAUUUAUAGAUUUGCAGAAGCACAUAACAGAUUAGAUCUUUUGGAAACUGCCCUACGCUUUAUACAAGUCAAUUUUCCUCAAGUAUCUCAGGAGGAAGAAUUUUUGGAUCUGCCGAAAGAACAUCUUGUUCAUUUUCUUAGUAGUGAUUACAUUCAUAUUGAUACUGAAUUUCAGGUCUUCCACGCAGCAUAUAAUUGGAUUGUCCAUGAUAUACCAACAAGAAGAUGUUAUGUAUUUGAAAUAUUAAGUCACAUUCGUUUACGACUGUGUUCAUUAGCACGAUUGGAACGAGUUAUUCUGGAAUGUAAAGAUGCAAGUUUGAUUGUUGCAUUAAGAUCAAUACAAAAAGAUUUAAUAUCUAAUAAAGGAUGUCUUGUGCCUCUUCACGCACAACCUAGACUUUGCGCUAAAAAGAAUAUUCUAGUGAUUGGUGGAUCAAGACGUGAACAUUCAGCAGACAGCUGGGGUAGAGCUGCUGAAAGUACUUAUGAAACGAUCGAAAAAUAUGACAUAUUUACAGGUGAAUGGAGUGAAGUAGCGCCAAUAGGUAUAGGUCGAAUACUGCCGGGAGUGGCAUUGUUAGAUGGCAAAGUAUAUGUCGUUGGCGGGGAGUUGGAAUCGUGUAUUAUUGCCAAUUGCGAAUGUUAUGAUCCACGUGAUAACGUGUGGACUUCUAUUGCCUGCAUGGAAGAACCCAGAUGCGAAUUUGGACUUUGUGCCUUGGAUAAUAGUUUAUAUGCAUUUGGUGGUUGGGUAGGAGAAGAUAUUGGUGGAUCAAUAGAAAUAUAUGAUCCAAUAACUAAUUCUUGGACGCUGGAUGGACAACUUCCCGAACCUCGGUUCAGUAUGGGAGUAGUUGCUUAUGAGGGUUUGAUAUACGUGGUGGGUGGUUGUACACAUAAUAGCAGGCACCGUCAAGAUGUAAUGAGUUACAAUCCAGUAACAAGGGAAUGGACUUAUUUAGCUCCCAUGCUUACACCGCGUUCACAAAUGGGAAUUACAAUUCUUGAUGGAUAUCUUUAUGUUGUUGGUGGUACUAACAAAAAUCAAGAAGUCUUAACAUCUGUUGAACGUUAUUCUUUCGAAAAGAAUAAAUGGAGUACUGUUGCACCUAUGAAUAUGGGCAGAUCAUAUCCUGCAGUGGCAGCAGCUGAUAGCCGACUAUAUGUUAUAGGGGGUGAUCAGUCUCAGGAAAUCAAUUUUUAUCGAACCCAAAUUACAAUUUCUACCGUUGAAUGUUAUGAUCCGCAUUCAAACAAGUGGCACGAAUGUGCUUCGUUACCGACAAGUAGGGGCGAAGCAGCGGCAAUUGUUGCACCUUUUUGAUUGAAAUUUCCUUUCAGUAUUGAGAAAUUUAUAUAAGUUGAACAUUCUUUGUAUCGUUUUAUUCGUGUUUACUUUUAAAUUUAUUAACAAUUUUUUUAACGUAAACGCGAAACUCACACUUAUUCAAUAUUUUAUGUCACACACAAUCAUAAUCAAACACAUAUACGUAUUUUUUUAUCGAUCACAAGCUUAAGAAUAUCAUUAUUUCAAUAUUCACAGCAUAUUUCUUUUCUAAUGAGCAUAAGAUGCAACAGGAUUUGAGAGACAAGGAAAAUUUUCCAUUAUAAGAGUAGUACAGUGUUAUUUUCUACAUCCACAAUAUUAAAUUAUGUAAACUAAUUUUCACCAAAAGUUCAUUGCAUAUAUUUCUUAAUGAAAGUAGCGAAACUGACUUCCAUACAGUUUAAAAACUUUUUAGUAUAAAUGAUUUUAUUAGUUGUAGAAAUGACUGACAGCCUCCAUAUCCUAUAGUCAUUUACCAAAGUUAUUAAAACUACAAAAUAUGAUAUUCUAUCGUAAAUCUUAUUACACUACAACGAGAGAUAAGCGAAGAGAAUAUUUCGGCAUAUUAUGGAUGAAAUGAAAUGUCUUGAUGUAAAAGAGUGAAAGUGAGAUUUAUCUAGUUUUCAUUGUGAAUUGUAUACUACAGUUACGCGUGCUUUUGAUAUUUAUACAUCUUUUUUUUUUUUUCAAAUUAAUACUUUUGCGAUAGCCGUGUACGUAUAUUUCGUUACUUAUUAAGUUUUAUCGGUGUAAGGAGUAACCUACUUAACACUACGAUUAUAUUAUCAUUUUAAUCAAUUUUUUUAAAAAACACCAUAAAGAUAUUUUACAAAUCAUAAAAUCAUAUUUUAAUAGAAUCACAUAUAGUAUUUGUAAGUUGUGGAAUCGAAGUUUAUGUUCAUAGAUUUCAUAGAGAAAACUUUAUUAUGGUUAAAUGCGUGUUUGGUGCUAAUGGUGGAAUUAAAAAAUCAUUUUUAUAUACCGUAAUUUUCGUAAUCGAAUUUGAUUUUUAAAAUUCCGAAAUAAAAAAAUAAAUGAAAAGUACAUUUGAAGAAAUUAAAAAGAGCAUCUUUAUGAUAUUAUAUAUAAUAUAUAUGGUUCUUGCAAAUUCAUAAUCAUUAAUAAGUACUUAGCUUGAAAAUAAUUUUUAUAAUGUGUAUAUAUACAAUGUAUCAAUGUGAUUCUAUGAUCAGCUAUUCUUUACGUUUCUAUCAUACCAAGUUUUACUACAUCAAGUACCAAUUUUGCGUACUUCUUAUACCAAAGGUUUUUCAAACAAAUGAUUUAUAUAAAAAUCAUACUGAAAUAGUUAAUAUAAAAAAUAUAAUAACAAUAACUUGUAUUAUUUUCAUCAUCAGACUUUUUAUUUUAACUUCAGAAUCAUAUUGUCAUUUUAAUUAAUGCGUGUUAUACACAUUGCAAGUGAAAAUGAAAUCUUAAACAACGUCGUUCGUUUGAAAUAUUUUAAAGCAUCUUAUAAAUUAAUCAUAUAUAUAUAUUUCAAUAUCUGUUUAAUAUUUUGAAUGUUUCACAAAUCGUAAUUUGUGUUUAGAUAUCUUUUUAAUCGUAUUAGUAUAACUAUUUCUUUUUCUAAUAGCAUUGUAUAUUUCCUAUUAUGAUAUUUUGCGGAUAUGUACGUAUACAAAAGUGCUAUUAAGUAAAAGGCCUUCAUAUAUUAUUAAAAUAUUUUGAGGACAUAAAGAGCUUGGUCUUUAAAUUUUGCUUGGUUUCCAAUUCGAACGUAGGAGCUGAAAUAAUUCGUAUCACGUACCUACUAGUAUUGAAACUAAAGGAAUUGUAUUGAAAUCAUAAAUAAUCAAGGAAUGUCGUAAAUAUAAUGAUAUUAUAUGUGUUUAUAUGCAUAAUGCUUUAUGCCAAAGUAAACAAGAAUGUAUUUGGAGAGACAAACAUUUCACAUGCAAUUUUGAUACAAAAAUUAUUAUGAUCAAGAAGUAUGUUUCAUAGCAAGAGAUUAUAUAAAGCAAAUAUGACUGUAUUCUCUAAUAAUACUUAAAAAUUGUAAUAUCCGUACACAAGUUCAAUACGUGGACAUUUUCCACGAUAUACGCUAAUAAAAUAUCAAAUUCUCUUACAAAUUAUAAACAAAUAUUUAAACAUC